GUCAAGUGAUUGUCAAAUGUAAAUAUCGCUAAACUCGCUAUAUUAUAGUCUCAGAUAGACGGGAGUUUUUUGUAUAUAUUCCUCAAAACACCAUGAUUUACGGUUUAACAAAACCCUAACAAGUUAUGUCAAAAACUUAAAAAAAAAAUAGGAAAAUAUAUAUUACACUAGACAAUGGAAGUUCUGGAAGAAGAAAAUCCACUAGAGACACAUACGUCGUUAAAUAAGUUCAAUGGGGUUUUUAACGCUAAGACUAAUUGUGCUGGAAGACCAGCAACCAGUAAAAGCAUUAAAUUUAGUGAGCAACCCAAGUCUAUAAUUUCACAAAUGCUUAUAGUAGAACAUCAAGUGAUAAACAAUAUGAAGUCCAAACAUAAUAUUAUCCAAGAAAAUUCUAUAGAAACUCAUAAACAAGGGUCUAUAAAAAAAAAUUGUCAAAUUGAUAAAGAUGUGCUAUUAUAUUCAUGUGCUGACUGUUCAUAUUCAACCAAAGUAUCAUCUAAUUUGACAAAACACAAAAGAACACAUUCACAACAAAAAUUAUAUUUAUGUGAUCAAUGUACAUUUAGUACAAAAUUUUCUAAUUCUCUCAAUGUACAUAAGCGCCUUCAUUCUAAUGAGAAACCAUUUUAUUGUCAAUAUUGUGAAUAUAGAUGUAAUAGUAGUUCUAAUUUAAAGAAACAUAGAAGUCAUAGACAUUUAGAUAAAAUAAAAAUGCCAAAGACUCUGGAUGGAUAAAUGAUGUACUUAAUAUUGAACUUUUAUCUAUGU